AUUGCCUUAAUUCAUAUUAUUUUAUUUAAAGGCAGAAUACGUAGCAAAAUUUAAUCCUCCUGUAAAAAGAUCGCAGAAAAUAUGGGAACACUCUGGUACGUCAUUUUUGUAGCACAUUUUUAGAUGUGAACAAAUUUACAUUUCAGUGAAAAUUAAAUUAUAAUUUACUUUCAACUGCAGAUAUAACCAAUGUUAAUGAUUAAAAAGUUUGUCGAGUCGUUAAUAAAAAGUGGAAUUGAUUUGUGAUUGUUUUUUCGUUAUUUGUUUAAUUUAACCUAAAUAUCUAAAUGUUUUUCCAAAUGCUUUCCAGCAUAAAUCAAUAAAUUAUUGACGUCGCACGAUUACAGAACACAGAUUUCGAACGUAGAUAUAAUUGAGUUUGUUAAUAUUGCAUCGUAGUUGAACAUAAAAACUUGUUUUAUAGUAGUUUGAGCGUAUUAAAUACAGAAGAGAAUUAUAUACGAUUUGUUUUGAAAGAUUUCUUUUUGAAAUCUUUCGCUCUGUUCUUCGUAUUCAUGCAAGCGCUCGAAAUUUCUGCCGGUCAAAAAGAAUCUCCUACAAGUGUCAAGAGGAGCUGUCGAUCAUGACGUGACUCAGCAUGCGUAUUUGGAGCGUGUGAAGAGGAUUACCUCUCUCGAGAAAGAUUCCCGGUGAAUCUUCCCCGUGCGAAUUUUAGAGGGAGUGCCACGGGCAAGAGAAAAAGUUUGAUGUUGAGUCGAUCGGAGAAAGUUGCGAGCAAAUCCGAUGUUUCCUGCAAAGAUACGAAAGUAACGAGCGAAGCAAUCUGCGAGGCUUUGCAAGGAUUGGACUGCUGCGAGGCGAGUAUUAUUUUGUCGAACGGAACUGCUCCUGAUCAAGAAGGACUUCGCAGUGCGCCAUUCAACGUAUGUACGUGCACGGAUUUCAUUUCCGGUUGCAGAGUGCCCUGAAGUUGAGCGAACAGCACGACUAUCUCGAAUCUCGCGAUUCAGGAGAUCAUCACGAGUGGAAUGGGGGAUUUUCAAAAGGACGAAACGGAUUAUCGGGAGUGCCGCAAUGUGGAGAAGGAUAAAGCGCUGUCAUAUUGUGAAAGUCCGUUGUCGAGCAGGGAUGAUCACGAAUAUCAAGAUCUUAACAGCACGGAUCCACUCUUAGCUCAUGAAUUACACAUUUUGCCUGGGAGAUUCGAUCUACACGCUAGAACCGAAGAGUUAUUAAAGCGACGAGGCAUCGCUGAAACUCGAAGGUAUUUGUUGGAAUUUAAGGAUCGGAUUUUGCAGAGCGUAAAACAAGUUUGGGAUCCGGAUGCCGAUUUGGGCUUGGUUAUUUGCACGCUGGUGCUGCAGGCAUUGUACGAAAACGUGAUUUUGACAACGGCUGGCAUAGAUACAGGAAUUGAUACACGUACUUUUGUCAAUACGGCCGUUAGUUGGAUAUUAGUUGACUUACAAAUUUUAGAGCCGACUAUGCUGACUGAGCAAGAACGCGCUAUGUUCACUGAGUUGGAAUUAUUCGACAUCGACAAGCGUCCGACAAGCCGCGAAGUGGUUGUCUCUUCGAAACUCCGUAGAACUCUCUUCGAGGUUCGCCCAAAGUUCGAUCCGCACGUCUCGAUCCAUUUGCAUCGUAGUUUGCCAUGGUCGCUGGUCGGUCCGGCACAUCAGAGUGGCGUCAUUGAAUUUUAUCCCAACGUGAGAGGACGAAUCGACGAGAAGUUACCGGACUCGUCUCAACACGUGAAAUCAGUCUAUGUACCGGAUGUUACAUGUUCUCACUUCAGAGCGGUGCUAGAUCAAGCUUAUAUGGCUUAGAAGAAAUUCACAUUCCUGCUUGAGGGACUCAAUCACGAGUAGGACGGUUAAAGAUAAAAUGCUGCAUUUUACUUAAUACCUUAAAUUGCAGUUACUUUAGCAUAUUGCCACUUGAGACAGAAAGUAUCUUAGAAUUUAUUCUGAAAGGCUCAUGAAAGUAACUGAAAAAUGAAGAUGUAAAAAAUAGAAGUUAUUAUUAUUGCGUGAAAUAUACAAGAAAUUAUAUAUAA